CAUCAUCAAAAGCAAUAGAUUGGUUUGUUAUCAUACAAAACAAAAGGCAUCACCACAACCCACAAAUGUACCAUGGAAGAGAAGGAGAAGAGCAAGAAGAAGAAGCAAAAACACCAACACCCCAAUGAUCAAACCACCAAACCCUCAUCAGAUUUUGCCUUCAAGCUCAGCUCAGAAGUAAAGGGUCUCCGAUUUGGGGGUCAGUUCAUCGUAAAAUCAUUCACAAUCCGGCGAGCGAGGCCUCUGGAGCUCCUCAAAGUCCUCUCUUUCCCACCCACCAAUCACCACAAAGAUAAAACCAAAGCCAAACUCCCUUUUCCUUCAACCACAGCUUUCUUGCCUACAAACUUCACAAUCUUAGCUCACCAUGCAUGGCACACCCUCACACUGGGCCUUGGCACCAAGAAAUCUAAGGUCCUUCUCUUUGUCUUUGAAUCGGAGAGCUUGAAGGUGGCUGUGGACCGUGUGUGGCCGCCGGAGAUUCCUCUAGGAGAAGUGAACAAGAAGCUGAUUAGAGGGCUGACAGGCUAUGAAAUGGCUCGGUUUAAGUUCAGAAAAGGGUGCAUCACUUUCUACGUUUAUGCAGUUCGACGAGUAGGUAACUUGGGCUUCUCAUGCGCUGAUGAUCUGAGAACAAUUCUUCAGUCAGUGGUCGAGCUCAAGGAUUUCUUGGAUCACACUGCUAUGCUCGCCAUGCCUCACCAGAGAAGCAUUGCCUUUGCACCUCCGGUGGCCAUGGCUCACUAGCCAUUACCCUCCUCAUCAUCAUCAUCCUCAUCUCUUCUCCUUCAAGACUUCUUUAAUUUGUUGACUUCUUUUUUUCUUUUUUAAUAUUGUGAUUAUGAUGUUGGGGCGGUGGGUGGGGGAGGGGAUUGAUUAAUUUUUUUGGAGAUCUUGCUUUUGUUUUCUCUUUUCCUAUUUUUAGUACAAAUAAAUCAGUGGGUUUCUACAGUGAA